GCUCGUGUAUUUCGACGCAAGCGCAGUUCAGCAUGUGGUACACGUGACUGCGCACUGUAAUAACAAUGUGGAUGUUUUCCUUGCAGAGGAGAUAUCUGCACUCCUCGUUGUGUUUGAUGAAGAAACUGAAGGGUAAGACGCCAGCGGAGCAGCGCUGGCUCCGACGGCAGCUUAAAGACCCGUAUGUCAAAGCUUCCCAGGUCCAAAACUUUCGAUGCAGGAGCGCCUUCAAACUUCUGGAGAUAGAUGACAAGUUCAGGCUCUUACAGCCUGGAUACACUGUGGUGGACUGCGGAGCUGCUCCUGGAGCCUGGAGCCAGGUGGCAGUCCAGAGGGUCAAUUCAGAUGUGACAGAUCCAGAGUUGCCUCGUGGUAUGGUUGUUGGCAUUGAUUUGCUGAACAUACCGCCUCUGGAUGGUGCUCACUUCCUGUCCAGUUGCGAUGUCACAGACCCUGCCACACAUGCCAAGCUGUUGGAGCUUCUUCCCCACGGCAAGGCUCAUGUCAUCCUGAGCGACAUGGCACCCAAUGCCAGCGGUUUCAGAGAGAUGGACCACGAGAAACUCAUCACAAUGUGUUUGUCUUUGAUAGACUUGGCUGAGAAAAUUUUACAGCCCCAGGGUUCUCUUCUUUGUAAAUACUGGGACGGGAUCCUUGCUCAUAAACUGCAGGAAACGCUCUCAAGUGUGUUCAGUAGUGUUCGGACUUUAAAGCCAGAUUCCAGCAGAAAAGACUCAGCUGAACGAUAUUUCCUUGCUAGAAUGUACAGAAGGCCAAUAAAAUGAUGUUUAAUUA